CUGGAGGGCUUUGGCUGUCGUGGUUGAACUUCAUCUUAGCCGAACGGUCUAGCAUCAACGUUGCCAGUUGCCACAGGAAGAACAUGGGGAGGCUUGUGGUGCCAGCCUGCGCCUGAGAGCUUUGACCCGUGAAGCAGCACGCUGAUGCGAAUUGAAACUGAUUGACGGUUCCAGUCAAAGCCAUACCUGAUCGAAGCUUUAGUUCACCUCGCCGACCCACUUGGGCUCCUGACUCCUCCACCGACAAGGAUUGACACGGAAAUCUACCGACGAUUCUUUUUAAGCAUUUUGAACGCGUACCGAAUCCCAGAAUUUCCAAGAACAAGAUGAGCAGGAUGAUCGGUCGCCGACCCUCCAAGCUCGAACUGAACGCCAUCGCAGCAACGGACCAGGAGCACGUCAAGUCAUCCGCCACCGCAUCGGCAUCAAGUUCGAGCGCACAGGCAGGUCCGAGCACAGGUAACUCUAUGUCAACCAUGCGAGCAUCAGGUUUAGCCGAUAGCAGUCCUGCGCUCGCGGCGAUAGAUGGCUCAUGGCAUGAUACCAGCCUGCUACAGAGCCCUGCGCUCAACUCCGGCCUGUUCUCUGCGGGCUUCAGCGGCGCGGUCUCUUUGCCGCCUAGCGCGUCCAGCUUGAGAGAUGGGGAGGUGGCAGCCAACACUCUAGGUCUGCCUACAACCAGAGACGGGAUGCGAGUCUUAUUUCAGAAGCGUAUACAGAGCUUUCAAUAUGUGAAAGGGACAUUAACAGGAAAGCAAUUGUGGAUGAACACAGUGCGAAUAUCUAGGAAGGAUCUGGAGGCAGCCUUUGACUCUGAACGUGUACGGAAACGAACAACACGACAUAUGGUGAUCGGUAUCUCGAUGGCGCCACUUCUCGAGAUCCGGUCCGCUCCAGAGUUUUGCAAGGCGCUGCUGAACAUUAUGAAUGAGGUGGACACCUUCUCGGAAGCCAUCGAGAAGGACAAGGCGAAAGUUCGGAACAUAUUCAAAGCCAAAGGCAAAGGCCGCGCUGAUUUGACUCUGCCGGAUAAUGCCAUCACCACCGUCGGGAUCAGCGGUGACGCUGCGCUGCUCUGGCCGAAUAUACCGUAUCAUCUCGAUUUUUUCCAAGUUUUCAUGACGCUUUGCGACAUCAUAGUUGAGACGUAUCACAAGCUGCUGCUAUUUCUGGGACCAUCCAGCCCAAACGCUGCUGCUAACAACGGUGGGCAAGCACUCGACGGCACCGCCCUGGAAUUUGAAACUGCGACCGCGGCACCGGUACCUCUCACUGCCGCCUUGCAGGACAUCAUGCUCAAGGUAGACUCGAAGUUCAAGAAAAUCUUGGUGCAAGUAUCGAAAGAGAUCGAUGGGCUGGCACGCCAUCUGAUCAAAGAGGAGCUCGUCAACCUCGAGAGCGCCAUUAAAGGUGCUUCGCUCAGCACCAUGGCUCAUUCUUCACCACCUAUACCGCAAGUCAACAUGGGGACAGGCAGCAGCAUGAUGGGUAGCAUACGCGGACACUACUCGAAUUCAUCCGUCUCUUCCACUUCUGGAAAGCUCGCGGGCUCAUCCUUCGGCUUUACACCCGCGACUCUGUCUUCCACUGGUUCGUCGUACUCUAGCGAUGCGGGGAGCCUAGGAUACGCCACCACCAAAUCGUGACGCUCGCUUGCUUCGGUCGUUAAUUAUGGCAAAUUAAUGCAGCAUGCACACCUUUCGAACGCCCUCAUCUACCCCAUUGUCACUGUUGCAAAUGUUGUAUUCCCACCCUCCAAGUGCACGGUAUGCAGGCU